CGAAGACACUGACGCCACCCCAGCACUCGACCACCGCGGCUUCCUCCCCGACCACAACUAUGUGACUGAAGGGCUGCUCCUGGCUAUAGCCUGAAGAGCUCCGCCCAUCCUGUCCACCCCUCUCCACCCCGGAGUCCUCCCCCAGGAUGUUGAGCCCCAUCCAGGUCCUGUGCUCCGACAUCACUACCCUUUCCCUGGAGCCUGAGCCGUUUGCCUCUUACACUGAAGCUGAUAUCAUCUCCACUGUUGAGUUCAACCACACAGGAGAGCUCCUGGCCACAGGGGACAAGGGGGGCCGAGUGGUCAUCUUUCAGAGGGAACCAGAGAGCAAGUGUGAGCUGUUCUCCCAAGGAGAGUACAAUGUGUACAGCACCUUCCAGAGCCAUGAGCCCGAGUUCGACUACCUUAAGAGUCUGGAGAUCGAGGAGAAGAUCAAUAAGAUCCGGUGGCUGCCUCAGCAAAACGCUGCAAACUUCCUACUCUCCACCAAUGAUAAGACCAUUAAGUUGUGGAAGGUGAGUGAAAGAGACAAACGGCCUGAGGGAUACAACCUGAAGGAUGAGGAGGGUCGCAUCAAGGACAUGUCCACCGUCACCUCACUACAGGUACCGGUGUUGUUGCCGAUGGACCUGAUGGUGGAGGUGAGCCCACGGCGAGUGUAUGCCAACGCCCACACCUACCACGUUAAUUCCAUCUCUGUCAACUCCGAUUACGAGACCUACAUGUCCGCUGAUGAUCUGAGGAUCAACCUCUGGCAUCUGGACAUCACCGACCGCAGCUUCAACAUUGUGGACAUCAAACCAACCAACAUGGAGGAUCUGACGGAGGUGAUAACAGCUGCUGAGUUUCACCCCCACCACUGUAACUUGUUUGUCUACAGCAGCAGCAAAGGCACCCUGCGUCUCUGUGACAUGAGAGAAGCCGCGCUGUGCGACAAACACUCCAAAUUGUUUGAGGAGCCCGAGGACCCCAGCGCCCGCUCCUUCUUCUCCGAGAUCAUCUCCUCUGUGUCCGACGUCAAGUUCAGCCACAGCGGCCGCUACCUGCUCACCAGGGACUAUCUGACUGCCAAAGUCUGGGACCUCAACAUGGAGAGCAAGCCCCUCGAGACGUACCAGGUUCAUGAUUACCUCCGCAGCAAGUUGUGUUCCCUUUAUGAAAACGACUGCAUCUUCGACAAGUUCGAGUGUGCCUGGAACGGCUCGGACAGCGUGAUCAUGACCGGCGCCUACAACAACUUCUUCCGCAUGUUCGACCGCAACACCAAACGCGACGUGACCCUGGAGGCGUCGCGAGAGAGCAGCAAACCCCGAGCCGUCCUGAAGCCACGCAGGGUGUGCGCCGCGGGGGGGAAGCGGCGGAAGGACGACAUCAGCGUGGACAGCCUGGACUUCACCAAGAAGAUCCUCCACACGGCCUGGCACCCCAACGAGAACAUCAUCGCCAUCGCCGCCACCAACAACCUGUACAUCUUCCAGGACAAACUCAACUCUGAGCUGCAUUAACGAAGGGAUGUCAGUGGCAGAUAUGAAUGAUCUCACGUCUGAACACACAACUAUGCCAGAAUGUACUCAUGGACAGACAUGCGCACCCGGGAAUAUGCCUAACUCACAGCCACACUUACACAAACAAGCAGAAAGCGCUCACACGUAUGUCUUCUCUGCCACACUCAUUCACCUCCUGCCAGCCGACCCGCAACUGAAAGGACCUAGAAAGGGCUAGAAAGGGAAGAGGCUGGAUUACACAACGGAGUAUGGAUUGAAAAAUUGUCCGAUCUGUCGAUUUGUCGAUUGUUAACCUCUGGCUUGUGCUUGAUGGUGUGUAGAUUGCUACAGCUCAGCCUCUGAGGGGGAUAACUCCCCCCAGACUAGAGAGAUGUUUACAUGUUUGUAAUUUUUUUUCUUUAGGCUUUACUCCUUCUUCCUCCUCCUCCUCUUUAUAUUUGUGUGCUUGAGAAAAGCCUAUUCUUAUCCCUUGCCCACAGUUUUGUGUAAACCCCUUCCUGGUUGUCUACCAGCGACACUCGCGAAAAAUGGGGCAUUUACGUAACUGCCGGUUUAGUUUGAUUUCAGAUCAGCGACCCCACUUCUGUUUGUGUAACUCGUGAAAUGAUGCUAACGAUGACGACAAUUCGAAGUGAGGCGCGUGAUGUGUAAAGGAUGAAUUUCGGGAGGGGGCCGUCUCCUCGACCCAAGUGCACCCAGGAGCCUCGGAGCUCGACUGGGCCGUGUUCAGUGAGGUAAAACCUUUACAGUCCUGCAGAGAGAAGCAGAGCAUCACACCGCUGCCUGAUGUAAGGACACACACUCAUAUCUGCUCCACACGGUGUGUUUCAGUCCUCAGUGUUUCCUCCUCUGAACCGGGUCGUCCCACUUCCCUGGUGGUGGAUCCUGCUUCCGGUCCGGGACUGUGUUAUGUGCUGUCUUGCCGUUUGAAGUACAGCUCAAAUCAAAACAGAAAAUUGAAAAAAAUAUAUUUAAACAACGAAGCAAAAAAGACGCUGCAUGUCAAACAGAUUCUAGCCUAGGUGUUUAUUAAUUGACUGACUUGACUGACUUGGCUGCCUUCCUAACCAUUUAGACCCAGCUGUACAAAGGCUUUCAGGGGCCCGCGUGGCUCCGUGCAGCACGAGCAACCAUAGAGGACCGAGCUCUCCUACCUUUAUUUGUGUCCUCAGACACUGACGCAUGUUUACCAGUGUUCGGUUCAUACACUUACAUGUGCAUUUUGAAUGAAAAAUCUGACUCGACUCAACCUGAGAGCGGAGAAGAGCGAGGAAUGUUUGAUUACUCUAAAAAGAAAAAAAUCAAAAAGGGCCUAAAUGGUGUGUGUAUAUAUCAACAGUUUUUGACAUGUAUGAGGUUUAGUUUUUUCCAACAUCUAUAAACAGACUGUGGACUCGAUCCUCUGUAUCGAUGAUUGUUUCCGAAGCUACAGCAGGGAGACGAUACUUUACUCUCCUCAGCCUUCCUCACUGAUUUCUUUGCUGAUGUGCAGAAGCUUUUAUUUUUAGAGAACAGUUUAUUCUUUUAUUUAUUCUCCUUUUGGAAACUUGUAAGUUUUACUCCACAUCCUGACCAAACUAAUGUCAAUUCACAUAUUUUUAUGUUCAUCUUUUUUGUCGACAAAAUUGUCAAAUGGACAGUUAUAAAUAAUGUUAAUAUGUUUUUUUCUGAUUAAAGAUUUCAACAAAAUUGCAUCCAA